GAGUGGAGCUCCAGUCUGCAGCUAGACCCUUCUCUGUACAGCUGCAGCCGGACACGGCCAGAGCACUGAGAGAUAUCAGGUAUUGAUGUAACUGGAGUAAAUAAGGGAACCUUCUUCCUGAGCACAGACAUUGGAGCCUGUUAUCAUCAUGAACUCAUAUGUGUUAUAUAAUCACUUGAAUAGUUCAUACCCAUCCUUCACUACAGGAAGCAUCAGAAUGAUACCACAAACUCCAAUAGUCUUAGACACUAAUGACUAUUCACAAACAUUGGGGAACUCACAGCAGAUAUUUAAAGGAGACGGAGAAUUGGCAGGAACUGGGCAGCAAUCAUUAUGUACAGAGAGUAAUAUAGUCAUCAAACAAGAGGACAACAUUUAUGCCUUUUCUAGUGAAAUGAUUAUCCCAGAGGAUAAACCACACACAUUUACUGAGUUUUCAAAACAUUUGAAAGAAGGGGAAAGUCUUAAGUCUUGCCAAAUUAUUCAUACAAAUAGGAAACCAUUCAAAUGUACAGAAUGUGAGAAAAGCUUCACAUGUAAUUUGCAUCUCCUUGAACACCACACAGUUGUGAAACCUCACACAUGUACAGAAUGCGGGAGAUGUUUCACAUCUAAAGCAAGCCUUAAGUGUCACAAAAAGACCCACACAGGGGAGAAACUUUUCACAUGUACAGAGUGUGGAAAAUGUUUUACACAAAAGAGUAAUCUGAAAAUUCAUGAAAGGAGUCACACAGGAGAAAAGCCUUUCACAUGUACAGAGUGUGGGAAAAGUUUUACACAAAAGAGUAAACUGAAAACUCAUGAAAUGAGUCACAUAGGAGAAAAGCAUUUCAAAUGUACAGAGUGUGGGAAAAGUUUUACACAUAAGAUUAAUCUGAAAACUCAUGAAAUGAUUCACACAGGAGAAAAGCCUUUCACAUGUACAGAGUGUGGAAAAUGUUUUAAACAAAAGAGGGAUCUGAAAACCCAUGAAAGGAUUCACACAGGAGAAAAGCCUUUCACAUGUACAGAGUGUGGAAAAUGUUUUACAGAAAAAAGUAGUCUGAAACAUCAUACAUGGAGUCACACAGGAGAAAAGCCUUUCACAUGUACAGAGUGUGGAAAAUGUUUUACAAAAAAAAGUGAGCUGAAAACUCAUGAAUGGAUUCACACAGGAGAAAAGCCUUUCACAUGUACAGAGUGUGGAAAAUGUUUUACAAUAAAGAGUAGUCUGAAAACUCAUGAAAGGAUUCACACAGGAGAAAAGCCUUUCACAUGUACAGAGUGCGGAAAAUGUUUUACAGAAAAAAGUACUCUGAAACAUCAUACAUGGAGUCACACAGGAGAAAAGCCUUUCACAUGUACAGCGUGUGGAAAAUGUUUUACAUUAAAGAGUAAUCUGAAUAUUCACAAAAGGAGUCACACAGGAGAAAAGCCUUUCACAUGUACAGCGUGUGGAAAAUGUUUUACACAAAAGAGUAAUCUGAAAGAGCAUGAAAGGAUUCACACAGGAGAAAAGCCUUUCACAUGUACAGAGUGUGGGAAAAGUUUUACAGUAAAGUGUCAUCUGAAAACUCAUGAAAUGAUUCACACAGGAGAAAAGCCUUUCACAUGUACAGCGUGUGGAAAAAGUUUUACACAAAUAAAUAAUCUGAAAACUCAUGAAAGGAUUCACACAGGAGAGAAGCCUUUCACAUGCACAGAGUGUGGGGAAAGUUUUACGUACAUUAGUGAGCUGAAAACUCAUGAAAGGAUUCACACAGGAGAAAAGCCUUUCACAUGUACAGAGUGUGGGAAAAGUUUUACGUACAUUAGUGUGCUGAAAACUCAUGAAAGGAUUCACACAGGAGAAAAACCUUUCAAAUGUACAGAGUGUGGGAAAAGUUUUACACGAAUAAAUCAUCUGAAAACUCAUGAAAUGAUUCACACCGGAGAAAAGCCUUUCACAUGUACAGAGUGUGGGAAAAGUUUUACGUACAUUAGUAAGCUGAAAACUCAUGAAAGGAUUCACACAGGAGAAAAACCUUUCAAAUGUACAGAAUGUUGGAAAAGUUUUACACAAAUAAAUAGUCUGAAAACUCAUGAAAUGAUUCACACAGGAGAAAAGCUGAUCACAUGUACAGAGUGUGGAAAAAGUUUUACACAAAUGAGUCAUCUGAAAUCUCAUGAAAGGAUUCACACAGGAGAAAAACGUUUCACAUGUACAGAGUGUGGGAAAAGUUUUACACAAAUAAAUAGUCUGAAAACUCAUGAAAGGAUUCACACAGGAGAAAAGCUGUUCACAUGUACAGAGUGUGGAAAAUGUUUUACACGAAAGAGUCAUCUGAAAAGUCAUGAAAGGAUUCACAAGGCAAGAAACCUUUCACAUGUUUAGAAAGUGGGGAAAAGGUUUUUAUUGAAAUCGGGUAUCACAAAACACCAAAUAUUUACACACAAACUUUAUUUACACAGUGUACAAACCUUUUUACAAUUAUCCUAAUGAGGACAAACUUUCUAAAUUGAAGCAAAGGAAAAUACACUAAGUGCCUACUCAAUAAUGACCUCUAGCUCUGAUAUUUGACACCUAGUUGUCAAUGGUAAGAUAGCAAGUAAUCAGAAAUAUAUCAAAGCUUUCUUGAUAAAGGUCAUUGAGACCGAAACGCGUUGACUAGGUAAGGAUAACUCUGAUACACUUUAUAAUUUGUAUACAGUCUACACUAUUGUAUAUUUUUCCUUUGGCAGAAGGAACACUCAGGACAAAGAUUGAAAUCCGUUUUUUCGUCCUAACACUUCUACACUGAAACCAGGAGCUGUCACAGAUACACAGCUUCGAUGCUGGGAUCUUUAAGACCUAGCUUCACAUAACAUCUCAUGUCCACCCUUGGAUUAUUGCUUACUAUAUUUACGUUUGGGACACUUCAAGUUUAUACACUUCCCCCUUUUUAAAGGCACAAUCUUGUUUGCUGAAAUUCAAGCUUUUUAAAGACACAAAUCUGUUUGCUGUAAUUCAAGAUUUUUAAUACCAACAUUUUUUAUUUUGUCACAACCAAUUGUCUAUUUGAAUUUUGAUUUUACUUUUUAGUAGUGAUUUUAUAGCAUUGAAUAUGAUAAUUGCUUCACUAAUUUAACCCACCGCUAUUUGUUAUUGCUUUUGCUUUUGUUUGUUUAUUUAUUUGGAUUUCUCUUACAAGGU